AUGCUGAGAGUCCGGAAAAAGGGUUACUUUGGGAUUUGGUCAUUCCCUUUAAUAAUAGCCGUGGUGUGUGCACAGAGUGUAAAUGACCCUAGUAAUAUGUCACUGGUAAAAGAGACCGUGGAUAGGCUGCUGAAGGGCUAUGACAUUCGCUUGAGGCCAGAUUUUGGAGGUCCCCCAGUGGCUGUUGGCAUGAACAUAGACAUUGCCAGUAUAGAUAUGGUCUCAGAAGUCAAUAUGGACUAUACCCUGACAAUGUACUUUCAGCAAGCGUGGAGGGAUAAGAGGCUGUCAUAUAAUGUAAUACCUCUAAACCUUACUCUGGACAACAGAGUAGCUGAUCAGCUGUGGGUUCCUGAUACCUAUUUUCUGAAUGACAAGAAGUCAUUUGUACAUGGUGUCACUGUGAAGAACAGAAUGAUCCGUUUGCAUCCAGAUGGGACAGUCCUUUACGGACUCAGAAUUACAACAACAGCUGCUUGUAUGAUGGACCUACGGAGAUAUCCGCUGGAUGAGCAGAACUGCACACUGGAGAUUGAGAGCUAUGGCUAUACAACAGAUGAUAUUGAAUUUUACUGGCGUGGGGGUGAUAAUGCAGUCACAGGAGUGACAAAGAUUGAACUGCCACAGUUCUCCAUUGUAGACUACAAGCUUAUCACCAAGAAUGUUGUUUUCUCUACAGGUGCCUACCCAAGGCUGUCUCUCAGCUUUAAACUUAAGAGAAACAUUGGUUACUUCAUUCUGCAGACCUACAUGCCUUCUAUUCUGAUCACUAUCCUGUCCUGGGUUUCCUUCUGGAUUAAUUAUGACGCUUCAGCUGCAAGAGUUGCUUUAGGAAUCACAACUGUGCUCACAAUGACAACAAUUAACACCCAUCUUCGAGAGACUCUUCCCAAAAUUCCAUAUGUGAAAGCCAUUGACAUGUACCUCAUGGGAUGUUUUGUCUUCGUUUUCAUGGCUCUGCUGGAGUAUGCAUUGGUCAACUACAUCUUCUUUGGCAGGGGACCUCAGCGUCAAAAGAAAGCGGCAGAAAAAGCUGCCAGUGCCAACAAUGAGAAGUUGCGAAUGGAUGUCAAUAAGGACAGAAGAAUAAUUGGCACAUAUCAUUGUCCAGAAAUGUAUUCAACAAAGAUGGAUCCACAUGAAAAUAUUUUGUUGAGCACACUUGAAAUUAAAAACGAGAUGGCUGCUUCCGAGGCUGUUAUGGGGCUUGGGGACCCUAGAAGCACUAUGCUGGCCUAUGACGCUUCAAGCAUCCAGUACCGGAAAGCUGGCUUACCCAGGCACAGCUUUGGUCGCAACGCCCUGGAGCGGCAUGUGGCACAGAAGAAAAGUAGGCUACGGAGACGUGCAUCUCAACUGAAAAUUACCAUUCCUGACUUGACUGAUGUAAAUGCCAUAGAUCGAUGGUCGCGCAUAUUCUUCCCUGUUGUUUUUUCCUUCUUCAAUAUUGUCUAUUGGCUUUACUAUGUGAACUAA